AUGAGGUCCUCCAUGAUCAUUCUUAUUGCUACCGGCCUGGUGUCGGGUCUGAGCAUUCCUAAGCAGCUGGAUACCCGCCAGGCCAUCGCCCAGGCGCCUGCUGCCGCUGCACCUGCACCUGUAGCCCCGGCCGCUCCUCCCGCUGAGGCUCCUGCCGCCGCCCCCCCUGCCGCCGCCCCCCCAGCGGAAGCCCCUCCUGCUGAGGCUCCUGCCGCCGCACCUCCUGCUGAGGGCGGUGACGCCGCUGCCGAGGAGAAGAAGAAGGCCGAAGAGGAGGCCGCCCGCAAGGCUGCGGAAGAAGCCGCCAAAGCCGGCGGGGGCGCUGGCGCCGGUCAGGAUGAUGCCGCGAAGCAGCAAGAGGAGGCUGCUAAGCAGGCUGAGGAAGAGGCCAAGAAGCAGCAGGAAGAGGCAGCAAAGCAAGCCGAAGAUGCUGCCAAGAAGCAGGAGGAACAGCAGAAAGAGGCCGCCAAGGAGGCCGCCAAGGAGGCCGAGAAGGCGAUGGAGGAGUACCAGAAGCAACAAGAAGGCGAGAACAAGGGCAACGAUAAUAACAGGGGCGAGGGUGAGGGCAGAGGUGACGGCAACAACCGUGGUAAUGACAACGACCGGGGCAACGGCCGCAACCGCAACAAAAACAACGACAACAACAAGAACAACGCCGCUCUUCUCCAGAACAUCCAGCUACUCCUCGCCGUCAUGGGUCUCCAGAACGUUGUCAACGUCCAGGCUCUCGCUCAGCUCCAGGCGCAGCAGCAGCUUGUCAUGCUCGCCCAGCUCCAGCAACUUGCCCAGCUCAACGCCGUUGGACUGAUCAACUCUGUCCAGCUUGUCGGCCUUAUGCAGCAGGGUCUCGUGCUCGGUGGUGUCAGUGGUGUCAAUAUCGUCAAGAUCCAAUGA